AGCGGUUCCGGGGCACGCGGCGCCGGCCCGCGAUGAGCUCGGAGCGGGGGAACGUGUCCCGCACGCGGCCCCAGCGCCACCAGAACGCGCGCGCCUUCCAGAACGACAAGUACGACACCAGCGCCCGGUGCAAGAAAAUAAAUGCUAAGCUUCAUGAUGGAGUGUGUCAGCAUUGCAAAGGUAUCUUGGAGUGGCGAGUAAAAUUCAGAAAGUACAAGCUACUGACAAAACCUAAAAAAUGUGUGAAAUGCCUCCAGAAGACUGUAAAAGAUCCUUAUCAUAUUAUUUGUCGACCCUGUGCUGGUAAACUAGAAAUUUGUGCUAAGUGUGGGAAACAAGAAGAAAUAGUGAUUCCGAUUGAUAAAGGACAAGACAGAACUGACAGUGAGACUUCUAAAGAUGGCCAAGAGAGCACUAAAUUGAAGGAUGAGCUGGAUUUUGGUACAAAUUUCCGUAGUGGAGACAGUGAUGAAGAUUCUGAUGUGCUUGAAGAACAAUUUAAAAGUAUGAAUUUUGAAAAAACUGAGAGCUAAAAGGCCGUGUUUAUGCAAGAGUUUAUAUGCCAUCAAAUGUGGUAAACCAGUGCUUGCCCUUAAACUGCUCCAAACCCUGAUUAGACAUGUAAGGUCCUUGUAUGUUAAUUUUGGCAUUGUGUAUGAUGAUGCAUGUGGGGAUUUGUAUUAAUACACAUUUUUAUGUAUUUGGAACAGAAUUUCUUUGAAAAUAUUCAGAAAAUAUUCCAUUUUCUAUCUGUAAGCAUAGUUAUUUAUUUCAUACAUAUAACAACGUCCUGUUUUUAUGGAAUAAAGUCUCUUUGUAAUUGUUUGAAAUUCA